AUGGGAGGCCCGAGGUGUAUGUAUACAUUGAGUAAGGUGGAUGAUUCCCGUAUUGGAUUGUUGCUGAAGAUGUUACAAGUCUCCACCGGUCUGUCCGUGGUGCUCUGUGGUGGGAAAUGGAGCGGAUGUUUCCUCUUCAGUCUUAUAUCUAUGGUCACGGACAACGAGCCGGAAUGUGUCGGUUUUAAAGUACCCAACAAUGACGAGGAUGAGACGGUACUUAAUAGUGAGAGGGAUGGUGUUAAUACAAGAGUGAAGAUAAUUACGUACGAUGAAUAUGUUAAUAAAUUGGGAGGAGUUAUGUCCGAAGCAAAGCGUGUCUAUUUUUUUGACCCGAUUCCGAGUUUGGAAUUCUACUUACAAAUCCUGUCCGGGUUACCGAAAAGCGCUAUCUCGAUCCUGAUGCUGUUUGACCAUGAGCGUCCUCUCGUUACUGCCAUUGAUAGCUAUCAUCCCGAUAGUUAUAAUGUGAAGCAUACGCAAGUGAGCCAGCAGGGUGGUCUGAAACAUUACCAAGAUGUUCUACAUAAAGCCUGGCAGGUGACGAAGAGGCACUUUAGGACUGUUAAUUUCGCAGAACAUGCUUAUAUCGAAUUCGUAGAGAACUAUUACAAACACCCGUUGAAGCAAUAUGGACUCGACUUCAAAAAACUCUCCCCCGAAACACUAUGCAAAUCUUUCCUGCUCAAGACACCCAUACGAUGCGAAGAAUUUAAUACCAUGAAAGGAUCUAUCCGUACUAGCGGAGGUGGCCCAUUGCAUAAAGAUGUUGUUUCACAACGCCAACUCGUUUAUCAUCUGCGGAAAUACAAGUGCAGGGAUGUCACCUUUGAUCAACUUUUGCAAUAA